AUGAUAGAAAUGGGUAGUAAAAGUGAUGAGAAAAACGAAGAAGAAAAAGUGAUUGAAAAAUACAAGUCAGAUAAAAAGAAAGAAAGGAAAAAAAGAUCAAGGAGUAGAAAACGUGAGAGGUCAAGAAGUAGAAAUAGAAGCAGAAACAGGAGCAGGAAUAGAAGUAGAAAUAGGAGCAGAAAUAGAAGUAGAAGUAAAAGUGAGGAUAAAUAUGUCAAUUCUAAAAGUAAAGAUAGUAAUUAUAAAUAUCACAGCUCGCGAGAGAGUCAUAAAAGAGUAGAUAAAUAUGAUAGAAGGAAUAGAGAAAGGAUUGGUAAAAAUUAUUGGAAUGAAAAUCGUGAUUUACCAUAUAGAAGAAACAGCGACAGGUACUGGAAUAAAUAUUCAAGAGGUGAAGAACAAAUAGUAGGUUCUAGGUAUUAUGAUAGGUCUCCACCGAGAAAACGAAACAGAUCUUCCUCGUCUGAUGAGGCGGUUAAGAAACAAGAAGUGAAAAUUCCAGAGGAUAACAAAAAUAGUGAAAAUAAAAAUGAUAAUGACAAAGAGAAUAAUGAAGAAUCUGAAGUCAAGAGUAAUCAACCUCCUAAAAAACCUGUUAAUCCCAUCACUUCUCGAACAGGAGGUGCUUAUAUCCCACCGGCCAAAUUAAAAAUGAUGCAAGCUUCCAUAACUGAUAAAUCGAGCGCUGAAUAUCAGAGAAUCGCUUGGGAAGCUUUAAAAAAAUCAAUUCAUGGUUUAAUUAAUAAAGUUAACACAAGUAACAUAGCAGAAAUCAUAAAAGAAUUAUUAAAAGAAAAUAUCGUUAGAGGUAGAGGAUUAUUAUGUAAAUCCAUAGUACAAGCACAGGCUUUGUCUCCUACGUUCACACACGUCUAUGCAGCCCUGGUUGCUUUGAUCAACAGCAGAUUUCCAAACAUUGGUGAAUUAUUAGUUAGAAGACUUGUCCUUCAAUUUAAAAGAGGAUUUAAAAGAAAUGAUAAAUCAAUUUGUGUAUCAUCGACAAGUUUCAUAGCACAUUUAGUCAAUCAGAGAGUGGUACAUGAAAUCAUAGCAUUAGAAAUAUUAACUUUAUUAGUUGAAAAUCCCACUGAUCAUUCAAUAGAAAUAGCCAUAUCAUUUUUAAAAGAAUGCGGUAUGAGGCUGACCGAAGUUUCGAGUAAAGGUGUUGAAGCCAUUUUUCAAAUGCUUAGAAAUAUACUUCACGAAGGAAAAUUAGACAAAAGAGUUGAUUACAUGAUAGAAGUUAUACUGCAAAUAAGAAAAGAUAAUUUUAAAGAUUAUGAAGCCAUUAUUGAAAGUUUGGAUCUUGUCGAAGAAGAGGAUCAGUUUACGCACAUAAUAACAUUGGAAGAUGCCACAAAUGCUGAAGACAUACUCAAUGUUUUUAAAUUCGAUUCGCAAUACAUUGAAAAUGAAGAAAAAUACAAAACUCUUAGCAAAGAAAUGCUUGGUGAAAGUGACGAUUCUGAUAAUGAAUCAGAAAAUAGUAACGAUGAUGAUAGCAGCGAUGAAGACAGCGAAGAAGAAGAAGAAGAAAAUGAAGAUGGUGAGAAAAAUGAAGUCAUCAUAGAUAGAACCGAAACGAAUUUGGUUUCGCUCAGGAGAACAAUUUACUUGACGAUAUAUUCGAGUUUGGACUAUGAGGAAUGCGCGCACAAACUCAUGAGAAUGGAAUUGAAACCUGGACAAGAGGAAGAGCUUUGCAACAUGAUUUUGGAUUGUUGUUGCGAAAUGAGAACCUAUGAGAAAUUUUUCGGAUUGCUUGCUCAAAGGUUUUGUAAAAUAAACAAGAUUUACGUUCCGCCAUUUGAAAACAUGUUUAAAGAUUCAUAUGAUACAGUGUAUAGAUUGAAACCCAAUCAAUUGAGAAACGUGGCAAAAUUUUUUGCCCACUUGUUAUUCACCGAUGCUAUUUCUUGGGAAGUUUUAAAUUGCAUACGUUUGAACGAGGAGGACACGACGAGUUCGGGAAGGAUAUUUAUAAAAAUCGUUUUUCAAGAAUUAUCCGAACACAUGGGAUUGUCGAAAUUAAACGAAAGAGUCAAAGACGUGACUUUACAAAAUGCAUUUGCCGGACUGUUCCCGAGGGAUAAUCCUAAAAAUACAAGAUUUGCUAUUAAUUUUUUCACAUCCAUAGGUUUGGGUGGACUCACGGAUGACCUUCGAGAACAUUUAAAGGGACAAGUAAAAGCGGAAGUUUUUGAAGUUCAACCUGUUGCUGCUGUAUCGUCAUCGGGCGAAUCAUCGAGUUCUGUGACGACUUCCGGUGAGAAAGAAAAUAUUUAA